CAUACCUCCCUGGUUUACCUCUCUAGUUACUCGAUGUCGAAAUUACAUGUUUCCAGUUAUCAAACAUUUACAAGUGAACUAAAGUUAUUACGUUGUAAUGUGGACUACUGGUGUCCGUGCCUUACAAUACUCAUUUUCUACAUUGCAACAAACAUUUAGAACAAUGUCCACAUUCAAAACGGCCCUAAUACAAAUGUCAGUGGGAAAAAAUCGCGACGACAACUUGGAAAAUGCAUGCAAGUUAAUUAAAAAAGCAGCUGAAGCAGGCGCUUGUUUGAUUUCUCUUCCGGAAUGUUUCAACUCACCCUAUGGAACCAAUUUUUUUGAUCAAUAUGCCGAGUCUGUACCAGAUGGGCAUACUUGUAAAAUGCUAUCUGAAGCUGCCAAAGACAAUGAAAUCUACCUAGUUGGUGGAACAUUUCCAGAAAUUAAAGAUAAUAAAUUUUAUAACACAUGCACAGUGUGGAAUCCCUUGGGCGAAAUGAUUGGAAAAUACAGCAAAAUGCAUCUGUUUGAUAUUGACAUUCCUGGAGGUAUUACAUUCAAAGAAUCAGAUAUUCUAAGUGCUGGCAAUGACCUCUGCAUGUUUGACUUCCAUGGAACGAAAAUUGGAAUUGGCAUUUGCUAUGAUUUGCGCUUUGAAGAACUGGCCAAAUUGUAUAGAUUAAAUGAAUGCAAAUUGAUAAUAUAUCCAGCUGCAUUCAAUAUGACAACUGGUCCAAUGCAUUGGGAGUUAUUGCAGAGGGGAAGAGCUCUUGACAAUCAAUUGUUUAUAUACUGUAUUAGUCCUGCUAGAGGUGAUAAGGGUUACAUUGCCUGGGGUCACUCUCAAGUUACCGAUCCCUGGGGUAAAAUAAUUGCGCAAGCUGGUCAUGAAGAAGAAAUUCUUCUCUGUGACAUUGAUUUAAGUGAAUGUGACAAAAUAAGGCAACAGAUCCCCAUUGGUAAACAACGACGUACAGACGUUUACGAUACGAUUUACAAACUCAAGUAAAUAAAUAUUUUGCAAUUGUAAAUAUUUUGUUGCAAUAUUAAACAAUUUUAAUUGA